UUAAGUGAUGCUCCCUUCUUCCUCGGAAGGCAUAUGUAUUUCGCAUCGCCUGUUCUUCUGAUAAGCACCAAUGCACCCGCCUCCUCUCUAAUAGAUGGUGCAAGUAAAGAUGUCCAAAUCUUCCGCAGACCCUCUGUCUGGUGUUGAAAGCGCUUCUCAGGCGCACUAUUUUCAGUUACCACGAAAGUUGCCGAAGCGCAAGGGUCGUUUUAAACGCUCAGAUGGCAGCACCUCCUCUGACACCACCUCUAGCUUCAUCAAACGACAGGGCUCAGCCGAUUCGUACACGAGCAGACCUUCGGAUUCCGACCUGUCAGCGGAGGAGGACCGCGAGGCGUAUCGGCAUGAAGCCGAACGCCAGGCCCAGCUGCAGCUUGAGAGAGCCAAGUCCAAACCUGUUGCGUUCGCAGUGAAGACAAAUGUAAAUUAUUGUGGAGCUCUCGAUGAGGACUGUCCUGUUCAGGGUGCUGCCAUAAACUUUGAAGCCAAAGACUUUCUGCACAUUAAAGAGAAGUACAAUAAUGACUGGUGGAUUGGAAGGCUGGUGAAAGAGGGGGCAGACAUCAGCUUCAUUCCUAGCCCCCUCCGACUGGAGGCCAUGAGACUCAAACAGGAGCAAAAACAACAGAGGAAAAGUGGCAACUCUUCCUCCAGUCUGGGUGACAUGGUAUCAGGAGGUUGGAGAUCUACGCCGCCACCUGCAGGUGAGAGGGAGUAUGACAGAGCCACCAAGCAGAAGCUAAAGCAGACUGAACAUGUUCCUCCUUACGAUGUAGUGCCGUCCAUGAGACCUGUGGUCCUGGUUGGGCCUUCACUGAAGGGCUAUGAGGUGACAGACAUGAUGCAGAAAGCCCUGUUUGACUUUGUCAAACAUCGUUUUGAUGGACGGAUUUCUAUAACCCGGGUUACCGCUGACCUUUCUUUGGCCAAAAGAUCAGUUCUCAACAAGAGGCCCAUCAUGGAGAGAUCCAACACACGAACCAGUCUGGCGGAGGUCCAGAGUGAGAUAGAGAGGAUCUUUGAACUGGCUAAAACCCUUCAACUUGUGAUUCUGGAUGCAGACACCAUUAACCAUCCUGCACAGCUCGCUAAAACAUCACUAGCUCCCAUCAUAGUGUACGUCAAGGUCUCCUCACCAAAGGUCCUGCAGCGGUUGAUAAAGUCAAGGGGUAAAUCACAGAGCAAGCAUCUGAAUGUCCAGAUGAUGGCAGCAGAUAAACUGACUCAGUGUCCUCCUGAGAUGUUUGAUGUUAUUUUGGAUGAGAACCAAUUGGAGGACGCCUGUGAGCAUCUUGCAGAAUAUUUGGAGGUUUACUGGCGUGCCACUCAUCUGCCAGGCACUGCCUCUCUCAACCCCUUAUUGGAGCAAAAUCUGAUCACCCCGCCCUCAGCAAUCUCCAGCCUUCAGAACCGGCAGCUGUUGCCCACCGGGGGUGGAGGGGGUGUGGAGGAGGAGGAGCAGGGUGAGCAGGACAGCCUCAUACCCUCCGACGAGGCCAGUGACUCACACUCCCUUCACCGAGGCGGCUCUAGCUCCCUGCAACCCCCCGAGGAUGAGGAAGAAGAGGAGGAAGAUGAAUACAAACCCCACCGACCCUCCCACACGUACCUGAACAUGUACCCACCCAACCGUAACCAUCCCGGGGGCAUCCAAAGCGCUAACGAACACGAGUCCCAGGACCGAAUUCUGCAACAGCGAGACUCACAAGACGGACACAACCACCGCAACAAUCAACAGCGUACGCUUGCCUGGCCGCGAGACAACUACUGAGCACCCGCAUGGAGGAGUUGGGAGGAGAGGAUUGUGUCCUGAAUUGGGGUGAUGG